AUCCUUUCUUCGUUUCUUGAUUUACUGUUCCUUGAGGUUCCUUUCCUAUCAAUUCACUCCACGCUGUGCCCUAAAGCGUGGAGGACAAAUUGAGGCCUAUUCUUUGGGUGAAUUCAGUCCUCAUUUUCUUGAGUUUUCUUUUUCAAGAGACCGGCUUGUUUGGGUCCCUUUGGAAGGAAGCAUGUCUCCCGCGAACUCCGCUGCCCCCAGCUCCUCUAACUACGUCUCCGUUCAGGGGGAGGAUGAUCACUCAGCAUCUAUUGACGUUGAUGUUGAGACAACUUGUUGGGGUUGUGGACUUCGUGUUCUUGUUUCUCCUUAUGCAUCCGUCUUUAAAUGUGGCUGGUGUGGAGCUAUAACAAAGCAAAAUGUGGUGAAAAGCGACAACAAGUACUUCCAAUGGAGACGCUUGCGUGACCGGUGUUUUGUUAUGAUCGUUGUUUUAUUUAUGCUAUUCUUCAUAUGUGGUGGCAUUUGGGCUAUUUAUCCUGUAGUUUUCUCAAUUAGUCACUUCUGUGGUGUUUUCCACAUCACGGUUGCUGGGAUAUUGUCUGUCUCAACUUUAUCUUCAUUUUUCCUUGCGGCAUUUAGACCUGCUGGUGCUCCACCCAUGGUACUUUGGGGUAGCUAUCCAACGGUGGGGAAAGGUGGACUGGAGAACCAUACCUUCUGUCACUAUUGUUCAAAGCCAAAAUCUCCUAGGACACACCACUGUCGUUCUUGCGGGAUGUGCAUAUUAGACAUGGAUCAUCACUGCCCUUUUAUUGGGAACUGUGUAGGUGCCGCAAAUCAUCGUUGUUUUAUUCUCUUUCUGAUAUCAACAGUCAUCAGUACAUUAUAUGUUGCUAUUAUGACUUCCUAUUCCGUACACUAUAUGUGGCCACCUCUAGCCCAUAGGCACGUCAACCCAUUGGACGGAUUUAUUGGCGUUGAAUUGAUUUUCAGUGUCUUAAAAGAGAACAUUCUUGUUUUCUUGAGAUCAGCACUGUUCCUACCCGCGAGAGGACUUGUUCUGGUUUAUCUAUUUAUCGCAAGUGUUUCAGUGGGCACUGGUUUGAUUGUCCUCUUGUGGCAGCAGCUUGGGUACAUAUAUGUUGGAAAGACUUACCUGGGUCAUCUAAGUGCGGUGGACGGUGAAGAGAUGGUGGAAAGGGAUUGCCAAAAUCUUUUGAGAUUUUUCGGUUGUCCACAUAAUGCAGCAGUGUAUUUGCCUAGUUAUUGGAAAUCAAGAAAAAGUCAUAAGAAGUAAAUUCAGAGGUUGGAGAAAUAUGAAUUUGCUUUCUGGUAGCUUGAUUCGUAGUUUUUGCAGUCCACCCACCCAGCGUUGGCUAGAUCAGUAAGUAUUCCCUACUCGCACAGCUCAACAGCUAUGAGAGAGUUUAGGCAGGCAGGCACGCAGGGUAAGUGCCUCAGAAGGUGGUACAAAUGAUUAAUUAUCAUGGCUCUACCAUAUUAUUCUGUUUUUUGUUGCUGAAAAGAACCUGCUUGUGGACCUCAAAUGGUUAGAGCUCUGACUGAAGCUCCAAAGCAAGUGUUGUGUGUGUUGAACAAGCUGCUGGGAAAAACAAUCCUGAGUGCUGACUAUUCAAUAGGCAUAGGAAGAUGUUCAUGUUAGCUGAUUUGUGUUUUUCUUUGGAGAUGCAUAGCGCCACAGUGCCAGCCAAAACAAAGGAUUUUGUUUAAAUCUUGUAAAGGUUUAGUCCCCCAUUACAAGUAUUGCAACUGAGUGGGAGAGAGCAUAUAUAGAAGAAAGAAAGAUAAAGGGGUUUUGAUUUUCGUUUUCUUACAGAGAUGACAGAACGCCCACUUCUUGUAUUUAAACUCAUGGGUGGAGCUUUUUUACUGUAUCCGAGCAUAUACUUGGUUGCUAUUCU